UGUUUGUGAGACGCCGAAAAACUCUAACACAAUUACUCACAAAAUGUUUUUUCUUCUUAUUCAGCAUUCUUAGUAAAAUUGAAUUUCUAACAUCUGUUCUUAAACAGAGAAUAGAAUAAAGAAUAUAUAUAUAUAUAUCUGGAGAAAAAUAAGCAAAUGUGAGACUUACAAAGUCUCAAAGGGGGAAAUGUUGAAGAUUUUUAUUAAUCAGUUUAUGACUUAAUCAAGUAUAAUCAAGGUGAAUCUAGCCAUUAAUACAACCAGUUAUUCUUCCAUUAUAAUCUAACACUGUGUGUAAAAAGAAAAAGCCUGCAUAGCAGAAAUGGACAGACCCUGAGAUGGGAAACAUCUGGAAACCAUAACAAGUCUUGGGGGCCCCUUCUCUCUAGGGAGGAAUCGAAUUGUUUGCAUAAAGGAAAACUCUAUGAAAUGUCUAGAACAUGCCUUCCACUGUGUAAACAGGAAAACUAUAUAUAAGGAAAACUUGUGAUCCAGAAACCUGCAGAAUGGAGCAUGAAGAUACUGAACAACAAAAAGACCUGACGGAAGAGAAUGAGGAGAGUGAAGUGGAGGAGAAACACCAUCAUGUCAAAACUGAUCUCAGAAAAUCUUUGAGUCACUCACAGACUAAAAGUAAUUCAUUGAAAAGAAGAGCCAAGAAGUCUUUCAGGUGCCUUCAGUGUGGGAAGAGUUGUACAUUAAAACAAAACCUGAAGAGACACAUGAAAAUCCACUCUGGGGAGAAACCACACACAUGUGAUCAAUGUGGAAAGAGUUUCAAAUUAAAAGGAACCCUUAAUGAUCACAUGAAAAUCCACACCGGAGUGAAGCCAUAUACAUGUGAUCAGUGUGGAAGUAAUUUUGCACAUAAAGGGGGCCUUAAGUCUCACAUGAAAAUCCACAGUGGAGAGAAACCACACACAUGUGAUCAAUGUGGGAAGAGUUUCGCACAUAAAGGAUAUCUUAGGAUACACAUGACUAUUCACACUGGAGAGAAGCCGCACACAUGUAAUCAAUGUGGAAAGAGUUUCAGAAUUAAAAUAAAUCUUAAGGAACACAUGACUAUUCACACCGGAGAAAAGCCAUACACAUGUGAUCAGUGUUGGAAGUCUUUCAGAAAGGAGUGCUCUUAUAAAUUACAUAUGCGUUCUCACUCUGGAGAAAGACCGUUUUACUGUGAUCAGUGCGGUAAAACAUUUUUUAGGACAGAUGCACUGAAGGACCACCUAAAAGUUCAUUCAAAAGAGAAGCCUUACAUGUGUUCUUUGUGUGGAAAGAGUUUUACUCAGCUGGGUUCUUUAAAAAUACACCAGAAAAGACACAGUGAUGUGAAAGAUCAUAUGUGCUUUGAUUGUGGGAAGACUUUUGUUAGAGAUGCUGAACUGACACAGCACCAGACAAUUCACACUGCAGAAAAACCUUACAAGUGUUCACACUGUGAGAAGAGAUUCAAACGGUCACAUUAUCUGAAAAUACAUGAGAGGAUCCACACCGGAGGGAAACCUUACAAGUGUUCACACUGUGACAAGAGAUUCGGUUGGUCACCAAAAUCUGAAAACACAUGA